AUGCUCCACUCCUCCUUCUGGCACCACGGCGCGAGCGACCUGACAUUGCCCGCAUGGUGGGCUGCUUCGACAUCCUCGGGUCGCGCCAUCGGUGACGUUGACGAUAUCGGGCGGAGCAGAUCGACUGCGAGGUCUUACGACGGACCGCUCCUUGAGUUUCUGUACCCCGAGAAAACACUCGCCCUCAUCCGAAGGUUAUCUAAAUAUGGGGCGGACGUGGCUGAAUCACGCCGAAGGGGCAUGUUGUGUGGUGGAACACGGCAGUAUUCCACAUCCCAGUGGCAAUCAUCGAGCGAGGAACCCGUGGAUGAUGUAGAAGCGAUACAGGCUAAGGAAGAGAUGCAGGAGCUUCUGCUUCGGAGCACGCCUGAUGAGGCCCUCCGGAAGCUUCUUUGGUCGGGCGAACCUGGUAAACAAGAGCUUGUCUGGCUGUUGUACUGCGCGCUGGUCGAACCUAAUCCAUCUGUGGACUUCCUGCUCAACAUACUCGACUAUCUAGGCGAGUCGGAUCUUUCCCGUACGGCAACCCGGAUACUUCAAGUGUUUGACCACAUUCCUGCGGAGAGUCGGCGGGCAUCGUCCUAUCGCAUGGCUGUCAAUGCAUAUGUGGCUCUUAAAAUGAUUGGACCGGCAAUACAGCUUUUGGAAGAAUCUUCUGAGCGCUUUGAUCCGACACAUACCGGCAUCGAUGCCGUGCUGAAAAAAACCAUCCAAGACGAUCAGUGGGAUCUCAGUAUCCGCGUUUUCAAGGCAUUUGUAAGAUCGGCAGAUCGUAAGCACGUCAAGAUUAAUGAGUGGAAGGGCUACGGUCAAAGACAUCUGAAUAAUUGGGGCCCAAUAUUCGGUCAGGCGCAACAUGUUCUCGAGCCAGUUGAGCAUUUACGCAAUUUCUUCCGCCAUGUGGACCAGUUUCACCACGAACUUCACUCCACGGAGGAGAACAAAAGAGCCCUACACCUAUUCGUCCAUGGCUAUGUCCCCGGCGUUAUGUGGGAAGUGGUGAACGCGCCCGAGCCGGACGAAGACUACAUCUACGAUUUCUUUACUGGUCUCUUCAAGGACCUUCACGCUAUAAAUCUUCCCAUCUGGGCACUUUACGAGUAUAUCAUUCCUACCUUCCUGGACAUGCCACGUUAUCAGCGGUACACGAACGAGCGGAAGAUAUUCCUCGAUUUGUACAUGACUUGGCGCCAGCAGCAUUUAGACGGGCACUGUAGAGCACCGUCGCGUUCUCUCAUCAACAAGAUCAUUAUACAGCAUGCAAGACAUCUUAGCUACGAUCGAGUCGACGCCAUGGUAGAAGAUCUUCGAUCGUUCCACUCAAGCCAGCCUUUCAAUGUGCCGGUGUUGUAUACCCUUAUACGUUUCUAUGCUAGGGGUGGUUCGAUCGGUCGAGUUCACGAGAUUUUCGAGAUCCUCCGGACGCAGUUCGCAUCUGCAGUUGAUUUGCGCAUUCUUGUCGCCUUGCCCUACGCUUAUGCCCGGCGGAUCGAUGUGCCGGGCGCAAUUCAACAAUUCAGACGAAUUACUGAUGAAUUCAGCUUGGUGCCAGACACGGCAUGUUGGAACGCUCUACUACUUGCGUUCACGCGCGCGGAUGAUCUUGAUGGAGCUCUGGAAUGUUUCAACAAUUGUCUAGAAUCUGGUGCCAAGCCUGACAAAUGGACGUUUGGUCCCAUGCUGGAUUUAUGUGCUGCGAGGGGCGACGUUGAAGCUUUUGAAGCUCUCUUCUCCAGAGCAAAACAGCUCAACAUCCCUGUCGAAACCGAUCGUCGCGCCAGAUCAGGAUAUGUCCAGGCGUUCUUAAACGCUGGUGACUCAGACGGUGCUGAGCAGAUCGCCGUAGGCAUACUCAACAGUUGGAAAGCUGGUACCUUGGGCGAUGUUGAAAUUACCCACGUAUGGAACAUGCUCAUUACUCAUCAUGCGUUAGCCGGGCGCUUGUCCGACAGCCGACGCCUUUACCAUGAAAUGAAAACCAACGACAUACCUCUAGAUUCUUGGACAUAUGGAGCUCUCAUGCGCUCAUUGGUAGAGGCCAGGCAGACAAAUGCGGCGUUCAAAAUCUUGAGAGUUACAAUGCCAAAAGAAAAUGUCCGGGCCUAUGCUUUUCACUACGCACUCUGCAUUAGCGGUUACCUACGGGAGAACCAACCUGUCCGAGCGAAGGCGGCGUACAACAAGAUGAAGAAUGUGCGUAUCAACCAUACUCCAAGUUUGCGCCAGAUGGAAUUGCUCUAUACGGGUACCAAGGAUCUCUUAGAGUUACGGGCGAAGAAGGAGAAGGAUAAACGAGCUCGACUGGUCCGCGUGGAAGAAGAACUGCGAGAGAGUCUAAUGUCUGACUACGGUCACGAGAUCGCCAACGAUGAACCAACGCUCAAACGCUACAUCGAUGCGCCCGAAAUGAGUAAUAUUCCCCAAAGCUACUUCGCCGUACUCAUUAUGCUUUACACAGCCCGCGGUGCAUUAGAGAUAGCAAAGGAGCUUUUCGAAAAGGCAUCUAAAGCACCAUUGGACGAGCAGAAUUAUUCCGCUCCCAUCACAUUGCUCACCGCCAUCAUGGAAACGCAUUACAAAGCCGGCGAGUACGCUGACGUAGAGCGAUGUUGGGAGCUCGCCCACAAGGAAGCCAGUCGUCUCGUCAAAACAUUCCACCAGGUCAUGAAUCCUUCACCACCAACACCAGAGUUCGAUUCCAUCACCGAUCCUAGUGUCCUGGAACGCUUCAAUUCGUCGCGCAUUGCGAUGAACCGGCGCCAGAUUUUGUUUCGUGCUUCGCGGGUCUACAUCCGUUCGCUACUUGCACAAGACGUACCAGAGACCCUGCAGCAAGCCCAGCGUACAGUCAACAAUCUACUGUCCAACGGCUUCAUCAUCGACAACCUCACUUGGAAUGAAGUUAUUCAGCACCUCGCGACCCGCGACCGCGUCGUCGAUGCCUUCUCCGCCUGCGAAAUGUACCUCAUGCCGCAAUUCCCCGGCUGGGCAGCUCUUUCUCCUGUCUACAUCCGGCACUUCCAGCCUGGUUACUCGUACAUGGAAUUGCGACACUACGAUCUGAAGAGGACGAGCGUGUUGCCACGAUAUAAGACAUUAGUCGUACUAGCAGCUACGUACGCGCAAGUAAGAAAAGAGGAGGCGAACGGCGUGGGAUUCAAUCCCGAUAUGGGUGGUUGGGUAAGAGAAGUCCUCGAGCAGAUUGCUCCAGAAACAGUCAGGGCUAUCGAGACGAUGCCGAGAACAGGAGAUGAACUGCAGAAAAUGUACUUGUCCGAGUUGUAA